AUGAAUAGAUUCAAGCCAUUUUUCAAUGUUGCUAAAACUGAUGAUACGCCUGAAUGUUAUAAUCGUGUUCGUUAUAUUCGAGAUUCAUGUAAAGUACUUGCUGAUCUUCGGAAAUCGGAAAAAGAUUUUUUAAAUAAAAGUAUUGAUAAUGAUAUAUCAAAAGCAUUUAAAGAAUUUCGUGUGACUGAUAAUGCACGUGCAUAUUAUUCUCCAAAUGGAUUAACUGGUAGUCCAUCUAUUUUAAAUUCAACAAUUGAUGAUUUAAUACAAAUUCAUGAACAAAUUGAUGAAGAAAGAAAGAAAUGGUUUGAAAAAUUUCGAAAAAUUAGUGAUCAAGCAAAAGAAAAACAAGCAUAUAUUCGACAAACAAUAUCAGAUCUUCGUGAUAAUUAUGAACGUGCUAAAAAAAAUUAUGAAACAGCUGAAUCAAACUUUAAAAAAUUUCAAAAUCGUCCAGAUCGUAUGUCCGUUCCAAAUUAUGAUGAACGUUUUCGUGAAUUAGAAGAUAUUCGUAUAGAAUGUGAUCGUAAUCGAAUAUCAGCUCAUGAUAUUUAUGUAACAGAAAUAAAUCGUACAUCAAGUGAAGAGCAUUCUAUAACUCGUGAUUUUUUUCUUCGAUUUUUAUGUGAGGAACAAACAUUUUAUACCGAUAUUCAACAACUUUUAUCUAAUGAAAUACCUAAAAUUCAAAAUCGUAUCGACACUGAUAGAUUAGCUCCAUCAUUUCAAUGUGAUAUAUCGGAACAUUGUGUAAAAAGAAUUCAACGUCCAAUAGCUUAUCCAAUUGAUAUAUGUAUUGAUUUAUUAAAAAAUAGUGUUGGAGAAGAAGGACUUUUUCGUGUAUCACCUGCACUUAUUAAACAAAAGAAAUUAAUUUCUGAACUUGAUUUACAAUUAAUUCAAAAAGGUUCAACUUUAUCUAGCCUUGGUUAUGAACCACAUGUUGCAGCAAAUGCAUUAAAACAAUAUUUAAGAGAUCUUCCUGAAUGUUUACUUACUAAUGAACUUUUACCACAAUGGAAUGAAAUUUCUGUACUUAAUGAAGAUGUUCGUAUUCAAAGGAUAAGCGAAUUAUUAGUUCAAUUACCUACGAUAAAUUAUGAAAAUCUUCGUCAAAUAAUUCGUUUUCUAAGUCGUGUUGUUGACGAAUCAUCUACAAGUAGAAUGACAGCAAGUGCUUUAAGUACUUGUAUUGGAUAUAGUCUUCUUGGUGUAAAAGAUCAAAUGCCAGGUGCUUAUAAACAAGGUUCAACAAUAGUUGAACUUAUGAUUACUCAUCAUGAAAUAUUAUUCCCAUCAGAUAAUCAUAUUACAUAUCAAUCAAAACCACCAGAUGUUAUUCCAACUCUGCGUUCAUCAAAGAAUUAUUCAAAUUCAGUUGAAGAUCUAAUCAAUAUAGAACCUUCGAAAUCAUCACCAAGAAAUAGUCGAAAACAAGUAGCACCUCAUCCACCUCUUGUUCGACAAGCAUCAAGUCAAAUGGAUUUAACAUAUGGUUCACAAAUUUAUAAAGACGAAACAUCAACAGAUCAACCUCCUGCGGAACAAGUUGCAGGUUCGAAUUCUUCUUCAAAUUUAUAUGUGGCUAGAAAAAGUAAUAAUAAUAAUAAUAAUGGAAAUGUUAGACCAGAAAUACAUCGUCCAUUAGGUCCGCCACCUAUUCCUCCAAUGGCUCGACCACGUACAGUUUAUAAAAAAGAACAAGAAACAUCACCAAUCAAAGAAAAUAAUGAAUUAUCAACAAAUGACAUAUCGAUACUUUCACCACCAUUAGAAGAUGGUAUUCCUGUUGGAAAUUUAUUAUCUGAUUUAUAUACAGGAGCGACAAAUUCGAAUAUGAAUACAAGUCAAAUAAAUGAUAGUCGUAUUUCUUCACAUCAGUAUAAUACAUCAUCACCAGCUACAUCUGAAGAAAUAACGGAAUUCUAG